ACACCAGCCCUUUACAUUCACUAUUUUGUUUUCAACAAGAUCUUCUGAUAUUAAUUGAUCCACAGUUCAAUUAAUAACUCUUUGUCUAACCGUAACGAAAACGAAGAAUACAUCAAAUCUUGAUCUUCGAUUGGCAGUGUCUUACUCGAUCAUCCACCUUCUUACACAAAACCGGGCCCCUCCCAUCACAGGUCUUCUUAUCACUUUUUCGUACAGUAAUGCCGUGGCAAAAGACAUUUUCGUUGCCCCCUAAUAGGAAGGGGAUGCAUCUGGUAACUAAUGAAGUUAUUCAACAGUGUCGGGAAGGCUUGAAAAACGUAGACAUCGGCAUAUUCACUCUUCAUUGCUUGCAUACCUCUGCUGGCUUGACUCUGAACGAGAAUUGUGACCGAACGGUUCGGACAGACAUGGAUAUGGCUCUUGACACUAUCGUGCCCGAAUCUUUACCGUGGGAACAUACAGAUGAGGGACCAGAUGAUUCUGUAUCCCAUUUGAAGACAUCAUUGAUUGGAAAUUCUAUCACUGUCCCCAUCUCGAAAGGAAAGCUGGUUUUGGGUACGUGGCAAGGUAUUUACCUUGCGGAAUUCAGGCAUAAUGGCGCAGGAUGGGGUGGGCAAGGACAGGGGCGCAAAGUUGUUGCUACAAUUCUUCCAUAACACAAUACUUGCCAGCGAAUGAACGAUGCAACUGAGACUGAGGGCUGAGUUGAAUAUUUCAUUUCGUGAACUGCACUACGUGCCAUUUCCUAGCCUCCCAAUUCUCACAGACGUCCACCUAACAUGUCGACGAUGAUCAAACUCGCGUUCAGACCAUACACCAUGGUGGCAGCGUAGAAGAAAUUCGCAUUGCCUGUGCCGGUGAGUAGCCAAAGAGAAUGUAACAAAGGAAGAAGAAUAGACGUGUAUAGAUGGACGGUGAGGGAGAACAGAGGAUGGCGUAAAUCUACACAAUCAGAUGAGUUGCGAUACUUGGUUUCAGCACUUUAUUUGACUUACUGGCAAGUAUAUCAGGGAAGCAUCCAAUUAGUCCAGCACAAAGACCCAUAUCUCCCAGAGCAGGAAAGCUCUUCCAUGUGAC